AUGUUUAUCGGCGUUGUUACAUCCGUCAUCUGGAUCGUGGUUAUCCUACUGGUAACGCAGGACAUGAGUGCGGCCCAAGCUGCUUCAUUACCCAACAUUGAAGUCAUGUAUCAGGCAACGGGCAGCAAGUCGGUUGCUACUUUCUUGCAAUCAUACAUGACACUGCUCUACUACACCUGUAUGCCGUCGCAAUGGAUUACCUGCAGCAGGAUAGUUUGGGCAUUCAGUCGUGACAACGGCCUUCCAUUAUCAAACUACUGGAAGCAUGUUUCGACCACUUUUAACAUUCCUGUCCGAACUACGCUGCUAUCGGCUGGAUUCUGCGCGCUCUAUGGGCUUGUUUAUAUUGCAAGCAGCGAGGCAUUCACUUCCAUCAUCAACACGACGAUUUUGAUGCUUAAUAUCACUUUUGUUGUCCCCCAAGGAAUUGUACUGACCCGAGGCCGCCAUCACCUGCCUAAGCGUCCCUUCAGACUGGGAAAAUUCGGAUAUGCUGUCAAUGCCUUCUCAGUCAUCUGGGUGACGGUCAGCGGUAUUUUCCUGUGCUUCCCAGUCACAAAUCCGACUACCCUCGCCUCGAUGAACUACAAUUCGGUCGUCAUUGUUGGCAUGUUAUUGCCCCAGGAAUUUAAAGCCUCGUUCGCCAUGGAAGGCUCGCGCAGCACGCGCCAGUCGCUCAACCACCGCGCGUCGCAGCAGACCAUCAUCUCGCUGCUCGAGCUCGACCCGUCCCCGAUCGAGUCGCCCACGCCGUCCGACGCGAAGCAGCUGCACGAUGCCGCCGACACGGACGACUCCGACACUCUCCUGGCCGACUCGUCCCCGGGCAGCACCACGCGAGGGCCCGGCGGCGGCCGCAGCACCAUCUUUUACCGUAGCCAUGUCCCACGGGCAAAGCCCGCUGACACGUACUGCGCCCAAGUCUCGCGGAUCCAGCGCUACUCCAGCUACGCCAUGUCCGUCUUCACCUCGCUGCACCUCGCCAACGUCUCGCUGAUCCCCGCCGUGGAGCGCUCCGUGCCCGCGUCCGAGACGUACCUGCUCAUGACGCGCGAGAUCUACCAGACGACGCUCACCGAGCCGCUGCUCGUCGCGCUGCCCGUGCUCGCGCACGUCGGCGCCGGCAUCGGCCUGCGCCUGCUGCGCCGCCGCGAGAACAUGCGCCGCUACGGCGGCGCCACGCCUGCCAUGUACGCCCUGCACCGCUCGCAGACGGGCGCCGCCGCGCUGUCCCUGUGGCCCACUCUGAGCUACAUCUCCGCCUCUGGCUACGCGCUGACCGUGUUCUACGCCGCCCACGUCUUUAUGAACCGCGUGCUGCCCCUGGUGGUAGAAGGGGACAGCGCCAAUAUUGGGCUCGCGUACGUGGCGCACGGCUUCGCGCGGCACCCUGUUGUGGCCCGCGUGGCAUAUCUCGGCCUGCUCGCGACGGGCAUGGGACAUAUGGUCUGGGGCAUGGCCAAGUGGUGGGGCCACGCGCCGUCGACGCGCGGCUGGCGGAGCGCGGCUGUUGUCGUCGACAGCAGGACGAAGCGGAAGAGGCGCAACAAGUGGCUGUCGGUGCACGGCGCGGCGCUGCUGGCCAUGGCGGCGUGGGCGGCGGGCGGGUUGACGGUCGUGGCGAGGGGCGGGCUGCAGGAUGGAUGGGUGGGCAAGGCCUACGAUGACAUGUUUGCGAGGGUUGGACUGUGA